AUGGAAAUGCAGACAACGUGUCGAGAUUGUACAAAUAGAGGAUGUUUCUGUAUUGGAGAAAAAGGAAGUAUGGGUAUGCCAGGCCCGCAAGGUCCUCCUGGUGUGCAGGGUAUUCGGGGAUUCCCUGGUCCUGAAGGUCUUCCAGGACCCAAAGGUCAGAAAGGUGCGCAAGGUCCACCGGGACCUCAAGGAAUGAAGGGUGAUCGAGGACUGAUUGGAGUCCCUGGUUUCCCAGGAAAUGACGGAGCAAAUGGACGACCAGGAGAACCAGGUCCACCUGGAGCUCCUGGUUGGGAUGGUUGCAAUGGAACAGAUGGUGCUGCCGGUAUUCCAGGUUUGCCUGGACCACCUGGUAUGCCUGGUUUUCCUGGUACACCAGGUAUUCCAGGACCAAAAGGAGAACCUGCUAUCGGUUAUGCUGGAUUCCCCGGCGAAAAAGGUGACGCAGGAAUGUCAGGUAUGCCAGGCCUUCCAGGACCUCCUGGACGUGAUGGCUUCCCGGGAUUGAAAGGAGAUCGCGGUGAUAUUGGUCCAGCUGGACCGCGAGGACCUCCAGGUGAAAUUGGUGCACCGGGAAAUCCAGGUAUCGGCAGUAUAGGACCAAAAGGAGAACCCGGAGAUCUUGGACAGCCAGGGCCACCUGGUCCACCUGGACCGCGGGAAUUCACUGGUUCUGGUUCUAUCGUAGGGCCACGUGGCACACCAGGAGAAAAAGGUACCAAGGGCGAUCAAGGACCUCGAGGUCCGCCGGGUCUUCCAGGUCCGGUACCAUCGUCCGGUGCUAAAGGUACAAUCAUUGGUCCCGAGGGUUCCCCAGGAAUGAAGGGAGAGAAGGGUGAACCAGGAGAACCUGGAGCUCGAGGAUAUCCAGGAAGUGCAGGUGCCCCUGGACAACCAGGACUUCCGGGAAUGAAAGGCGAGAAAGGAUUAUCUGGACCCGCAGGACCUCGCGGUAAAGAAGGACGACCAGGAUUGCCCGGGCCACCAGGUUUUAAAGGUGACAGGGGUUUAGAUGGCUUACCAGGUGUUCCAGGUUUGCGUGGUCAAAAAGGUGAACCAGGAUUUCCAGGCCGAGAUGGCAUGAAAGGAACUCGAGGACCACCAGGUCCACCAGGAGGUGGAGAUUUUUCGAACGGACCACCAGGACCUCCCGGUCUGCCAGGUCGUGAAGGACAACCUGGUCCACCAGGAACUGAUGGUUAUCCUGGACCACCUGGAUUGCCGGGUCCUCAAGGAUUACCAGGUGGACCUGGACUUCCAGGAUUGCCUGGUCUAGAAGGUUUACCAGGACUUAAAGGAUCGAAAGGUGACAGUGGUAUACCCGGUGCUCCUGGUAUGCCAGGACCCCCAGGUUUGCCUGGACCAAGAGGACCAAAAGGAGAACCAGGAUCACGUGGUGCAGAUGGCAAAAGUAUUCCUGGUUUACCAGGGAAAGAUGGAAGACCUGGAUUAGAUGGUUUGCCAGGACGGAAAGGAGAAAUGGGAUUGCCCGGUGUACGAGGUCCACCCGGUGAUUCACUCAAUGGACUUCCUGGCGCACCAGGACCACGAGGGCCACCAGGGCCUAAAGGCUACGAUGGACGUGAUGGUGCUCCAGGCUUACCUGGCUUGCCUGGACAAAAAGGCGAACGUGGUGGAUCAUGUGCUGCUGGUUAUCCAGGAUUACCAGGGCCUCAAGGUGAGCGAGGGUUACCUGGUAUACCGGGUUCACAGGGUUCUCCAGGUGAUGAUGGCAUGCCGGGUGCCCCGGGUAGACCUGGUCCACCAGGACCACCAGGAAAGGAUGGUAUACCAGGUUUACCAGGGCAAAAAGGUGAACCAACACAAAUGGUACUUCGACCAGGACCACCAGGAUUUCCAGGUCAAAAAGGCGAAAUUGGCUUUCCUGGUCUACCCGGACAAGAUGGCAUACCAGGAAAAAUUGGUCCCGCUGGGGUACCAGGAUUACCUGGAAUACCAGGACCAAAGGGUGAACCAGGUCUACCAGGAUUAACAGGGAAACCCGGAAAAAAUGGACUUCCAGGAUUACCGGGUAUGAAAGGUGCUGCCGGUUAUGGAGCUCCAGGAUUACCAGGACUUCCAGGUCAAAAGGGUGACGCUGGUCUUCCGGGCUUGCCAGGCGCUCAGGGCCCUAUUGGACCAAUGGGACCACCUGUUGCUGAAAGUCAAUUAAAACCAGGUCCUCCUGGAAAAGAUGGAUUACCAGGAUUACCAGGUCCAAAAGGUGAUGCAGGUUACCCAGGUGCACCUGGUAAAGAUGGAAUCGCUGGUCUCCCAGGUUUGCCAGGUCUUAAAGGUAAUCAAGGCUUGCCAGGGCCACCUGGUAUUGUCGGUUUACCUGGAUUGCCUGGCCCAAAAGGAAACGCAGGAAAACCCGGCUUGCCUGGUUUGUCAGGUCAGAAAGGUGAGGCGGGAUACCCAGGACCUUCAGGUUUACCAGGACCCAAGGGUGAACCAGGAUUAUCAAUGACAGGGCCACCAGGUCCACCUGGAUUCCCAGGACUGAAAGGAAACGAUGGUUUACCUGGAGCGCCAGGAUUACCAGGUCUUGAAGGUCCACGAGGCUUACCAGGUAUAGCAGGCUUAAAAGGAGAUGCUGGUCUUCCAGGUGCUCCUGGAGUAGCAGGAGUACAAGGUCCCCAGGGACCACCUGGUAUAGCAGGAAUACCAGGAUUACCUGGACAAAAAGGUGAAGAUGGAUUGCCAGGUUUGCCAGGUGUUGCUGGACUUAAAGGUGAUGCAGGACUUCCAGGAGCUCCAGGUCUUCCAGGAGCCGUAGGACAGCCAGGAUUUCCCGGUGAUGCUGGAUUGCCUGGUUUACCCGGAACACCAGGAGCAAAAGGAGAUCGAGGGUUAGCUGGUUUGCCAGGUUUACCAGGAAUGAAAGGUUUAGCAGGCUUCCCUGGUGCGCCUGGAAAAGAUGGUUUACCAGGUUUACCAGGACCAAAAGGUGAUCGUGGUUUUAAUGGAUUACCAGGUGAGAAAGGUGAACCAGGAGCCGCUGCUCGAGAUGGUGCAAAAGGAGAUGCUGGUUUACCUGGUGCUCCUGGUUUACGAGGACCUCAAGGACCACCUGGACUACCAGGAUUGCCAGGAAUGAAAGGUGAUGCAGGACAACCAGGGUAUGGUGCUCCGGGACUGCCAGGAGAAAAGGGUAUUCCUGGUCUUCCAGGAAAACAAGGACGACCGGGAGCUCCCGGACAAAAAGGACUCGAUGGUGCGCCUGGAUUUCCAGGACUUAAAGGAGAUGCCGGACUCCCCGGAUUACCAGGACUUCCAGGGAAAGAUGGACUUCCAGGGUUGCCAGGACAGAAGGGUGAGGCAGGUCUUCCAGGUCAAGCUGGAAUUCCUGGUGCACCUGGUCAGGGGGGUAAAAUGGGUGUGCCUGGUGUUCGAGGUGACAAAGGAAUUCCUGGCAUACCUGGAAUACCUGGUGAACGCGGUUUACCUGGUUUAGCAGGGCAAAAAGGCGAAGCCGGAUUACCAGGACUACCAGGACUAGUUGGCCCACCUGGACUGAAGGGUAAUGCUGGGGUACCCGGCUUCCCAGGAACAAAAGGAUUACCAGGAUUCCCCGGUAAAGAUGGUUUGCCAGGCUUUCCUGGAGUCAAAGGAGAUGCCGGAGCUCCAGGAUUACCUGGAAGAGAUGGACUUCCUGGAAUACCAGGCCAGAAGGGUGAACCUGGUUUAGCUGGUUUACCUGGUGUAUCAAUUGCUGGACCAAAAGGCAGUGCUGGAUUACCAGGACUACCUGGUAAAGAUGGACUUCCUGGAUUACCAGGUCAAAAAGGUGAACAAGGACUGGCAGGAUAUCCUGGAGCGCCAGGUAUGAAGGGAGAUAGUGGUCUGCCUGGAAUUCCAGGAGCUAAAGGAGAACCAGGACUUCUUGGGUUACCAGGUUUGCGUGGAAAAGAUGGGCUCCCUGGUCCACCAGGUAUUGCUGGUCUGCCAGGUUUGCCUGGUGCUAAAGGUGAUGCUGGCUUAGCAGGAGCCCCAGGACUACCUGGUAUUGCAGGACUACCAGGACUAAAAGGUGAGCCAGGAUUACCCGGAUUUCCAGGACAAAAAGGAGAAGCAGGCAUACCAGGACAGCCAGGUUUGCCAGGAAUACCAGGUCUCAAAGGUGAUUCUGGUCAUCCUGGAGCCCCAGGUAAAGAUGGAACACCAGGUCCAGUUGGUGAACCAGGACCAAUAGGUCCUCCAGGUGCUGAACCACUAACAUUACGUGGUGAAAAAGGUGAUCAAGGGCCAAUGGGCGUACCAGGUAUUCGUGGUGAAAAGGGACUUCCAGGUCUUGAUGGAUUACCCGGACCAAGUGGGCCACCAGGACCACCAGGAUUAAAAGGUGCAGAUGGUUUUCCCGGACAGCCUGGUUUGCCAGGUGAAAAAGGUGCACCUGGUUUGCCUGGAUUUCCAGGUGUUGAAGGUACGCCAGGACCACCAGGACUUCCUGGUCCAAGUGGAGCACCUGGUGCACCAGGACCAGCAUAUAGAGAUGGAUUUUUACUUGUUAAACACAGCCAAACUACCGAAGUACCACAGUGUCCACCAGGCCAACAGAAAUUAUGGGAUGGCUAUUCAUUGCUUUAUAUUGAAGGCAAUGAAAAAUCACACAAUCAAGAUCUUGGUCAUGCUGGAUCAUGUUUGACAAGAUUUUCAACAAUGCCAUUUUUGUUCUGUGAUUUUAACAACGUUUGUAAUUAUGCAUCUCGUAAUGACAAAUCAUAUUGGCUUUCAACAACUGCCCCCAUACCGAUGAUGCCAGUUAAUGAACAAGGCAUUGAGCCAUAUAUUUCCAGGUGCGCUGUAUGUGAAGCACCUGCAAAUGUAAUUGCGGUUCAUUCGCAAACAAUCCAAAUACCAAAUUGUCCAAAUGGAUGGAAUUCCCUUUGGAUUGGCUAUUCAUUUGCUAUGCAUACAGGUGCUGGUGCUGAAGGUGGUGGGCAAUCUUUAAGUUCACCUGGCUCAUGUUUGGAAGAUUUUCGUGCUACACCAUUCAUUGAAUGCAACGGUGCUCGAGGUAGCUGUCACUAUUUUGCUAACAAAUUUAGUUUCUGGCUAACAACAAUUGAAGAUGAUCAACAAUUCAGGAUUCCUGAAAGUGAAACUCUAAAAUCGGGAAGUUUACGAACACGGGUCUCCCGAUGUCAAGUAUGCAUAAAAGCUACCGAAUCCAAUCGUCGAUUACGAUACAAGCAAUAG